AUGUCUGUUGAAGCCACUGCGACCGCAGAUCCUUUCCUGCAUCAAGAUUUAUAUACGGAUCUUUUGACCUUUGCAUUUUGCGGUUCGACGCCUUAUUGUCAGAAUCAACCUUUAUUUAUCGAUGCCGAAGAUCCUUCUCGAUUUUUUAAUGCGACACAAUUCCGAAGAUUAGUCCGAACUUUAAUUGCUGGUUUUAAGGCCCAUAAUGUGCGCCAGGGAGACUGUGUCUUGCUGCAUUUAGGUAACAGUAUCUUGUAUCCUGGACUCUUCUUCGGUAUCAUCGGCGCCGGCGGUGUGUACAUGGGCUCGAACCCUCGCAGCCCGCAACAUGAAUUAGAUCAUAUCGUGGGCCUUGCCGAACCCAAACUGAUUUUAACAACUCGCGACGCAUUGGAAACCGUUCAGGAGGUUACCACAGCCCGUGGAAUCUCUCCAGAGCAGAUAUUUAUUGUCGAUGACCGUGCCGUCGACCAUUGUGCCCAAUUGUUCUUGUGGUCCGAACUAGGAUAUUCUGCCGGCCCAGAUUUCUUCACCAAUGCCGGCGGUAAUAGUGGGCGACAUUUCAAUUUUGUCGAUAUACUUUGCUAUGGUGAAAAUAACUGGGUGCUGUUCACGGAUCCCAUGGCGGCGCAGAACACUCCAGCAGCCAUGUUCUCGACUUCUGGGACAGGAGGUCUACCUAAGGCGGCCAUUCUGUCUCACCAUGCCAUCGUGUCGCAUCAUCGAUCAAUUCAUUAUGCCGUGCCUUACCCCGUCAGCCGCUUGAUGUCCCUUCCCAUGUUUCAUCUCUUUGGCGCAUUAUGGACUCAUCUUUUCCCCGUGCGCUAUGGCUAUCCUCUCUUCGUUCUGUCACGUUUUGAGACAAAGCAAUUUCUGGCCAUAGUGCUGCGAUUCCAGAUUUCUGAGACCUACCUAGUCCCGGCGAUUGUUCACACUAUCAACCGCUGCACGUUGCCAGUCUCUGAUUAUCUUGCAUCACUGCGCUAUGUAGGCGUCGCGGGAGCUCCAAUCGACGGUGCGUCAAUUGUGCAAUUCCGAAGCCGUCUCCACUCAUUGGCAUAUGCAUGCCAGCUGUGGGGUAUGACUGAGGUCGGGGUUGCUUUCCAAGCCCGCUAUGGUCAGCAUGGAGAUCCCGGCAGUAUUGGGACUUGUUUGGAAGGAUAUGAGGUUCGCCUGGUCGAUCAGGAUCGCAAAAUUGUACAGAAUGAUGAAUGUGCGGGCGAACUGUACGUGCGGGGUCCCGGCUUGCUCUUAGCAUACAAGGGCCGCACGGAUGCAAAGGAAGCACAAGGUUGGUACCGUACCGGCGAUGUCGCCUUCAUGAAGCAAGGCGAUUACUUUAUCGUUGGACGGACCAAGGAACUUAUCAAAGUGCGAGGAUGGCAAGUUGCCCCUGCUGAAGUCGAGGGCGUCCUCCUUCAGCACAUUGGAAUUACCGAUGUAGCUGUCAUAGGCGUGGAGUUGAAGGAUGGCAGUGGUGAAGUUCCACGAGCAUAUGUGGUGCGAUCGCGCGAUCCAUCCGUGACGCAGUUGACGGCGGAAGAAGUAUAUAAUUACGCCCGUCAACGUCUGGUGAGUUACAAGUCGCUGGAUGGAGGUGUGAUCUUCGUGGAGGAGAUUCCCCGAACGGCAAGUGGCAAGAUUCAGCGAUUUAAGCUCUCACAGAUGAAUGAAUACCGAGAGAUGGUCACGUCUCUAGUCCAACGCUUUGAAACAGGAGGAACCUUGGAGGUUGGUGGAAAAGCUAUGGUAUCCACCAAUUGA